AUGUUUGGGAACAGUGCCCCCUUCUCCUAUUUCCCAAAGGAGAGUCCGCUGAGGAGAAGUGACUCAACCAGACCCAGUGGAAGAUCUAUUUACAUGCAGAGAAAGGAGUACUCGGAGACACUGAGCAAAAAUCCUGACAACAUUGAUGUCAGAGUGGAGCAUCUGUUCACCUGUGAGAUUGAUGGCCAGGAGGUGAAGACUGUGGACGACUGCGUGGCUAAGCUCAAGAACCUGGAUGCCAAAGGUCGUCUGUGGCCUCAGGAGAUGAUCAUGGAGGUUCAGGGACCAUAUCUUCUGCUCAAUGACAUUGAGACCAAAACAGAACUGGACUCGGUACCUUUGAGCUGUAUCGUGCAAAUCAAAGCUGUGCUGGACAGCUGCGACUUCAACUCUCUGCUGGCGAUAACUGUGCAGGAACGCAGCAAACGCAACCGCCAGUGCUUCAUGUUCCAGUGUGAGGAGACUGGGGCCGAUCUGAUCAAGAGCGACCUGGAUAAGGCAGUCCAAAGAGGAGGUGGUAAUCUGGAGCAACACAGAGAGCCUCCGGAUGUCAGGAAUGAAUUUGAACCCAUGACACAAAAUAGGCCGGGAAGUUUCCGUCAGACUGCGCCCCCCUCUAUGCAGGAAGAGUGGAGACCUCCAACCCCAGACUUCAUGGCCCCAUCGUGGCGAGAGCCGGAUCAUAUGCCUUCCUCACGUCCCUAUAGUCCACAAGUAGAACCAAUGAACCAUUUAGACCCGUAUGACAUGCAGAGCAACCCAGAGAUGGACCGUGAUAAGAUGGAGUCACAAAGGAACACGGACAUUUUAAACCAUGUUCUAAAUGAUUUGGAGAUCUUCAUGGGCAAAGUUUCAGCUGCAGUAAACACACCUGCACAGCAGGAGGACAUGGGCAAGAAGAAGAAGAAGACAAAGAAGAAGAAAAGCAAGAAAAAUGAGCCCUCGGGACCACCCCUCAAUCUGCCUUCUUUGGAUGAAUAUGCCUUCUGUCUUCAGAAAGUCAAAUAUGGAUUCAAUCUGCUGGCCCAGCUGGACGGCAUACUGGUCAGUCCUUCUGCUUCUGAGUUUGUCCACGUGCUCUUCUCGAUUUUAAACAUGGUAGUUCCUCAGUAUCCGUUUGACCUGCCUCCCAAUGUGGUCUCCCCCUUGCUGACAGACCCCGCUAUAGGCCUGCUAGAGCGAAACGUCAGCCAGGAGGAGAACCAGUUGUGGAUGUCUCUGGGAGAGUGUUGGAACAUCCCCAGGUCUCGAUGGCCGGAUGAUAACGUCCCAGAUUACAUCCCAGAGUUCUAUGAUGGCUGGCAACCCCCUCCACCCCCUCCUGUACCAUCCCCGUCGCCUUUUCAGAACGGUCCAAUGAGCAGAAGCAACAGCCAACGCUUCCCAGGCAGACCGACGCUGCGGCAGCCAGACGAGCCUAUGGGCAACAAUCCAUGGGGUCCAUCACCUCCACCAGCACCCUCCAAUGAACGACCCCAGAGCAUGCGUGUCAUUUACAACUUCAUGGCCAGAAACAACCAAGAGCUGAGUGUUAUGAAGGGUGAGGUGGUUGAGGUGAUCCAGAAAGCAAAGCAGUGGUGGCUUGUUCGUAACGCGCGUAACCAGGAAGGCCAUAUUCCUCAGAAUGUUUUGGAGUCGUUAGGGAACCCCGGACCCAUGGACGAUCAACCGUCUUCCUUCCAGCGAGAUCCUCGCGGCCCUGUCACCCUGGACAAGUCCUCCUCACCUGCAGAGGUGCAAGCCUGGCUUGAACAUAAAGGCUUCUCCAAAAUCACUGUCAGGAGCCUCGGGGUGCUGAAUGGACAACAGCUUCUGGGAAUGAAUAAACAAGAAAUAAGGACUGUGUGUCCAGAGGAGGGAGGCAAAGUCUUCUUCCAGCUGCAGGCUGUUAAGUCAGCAAUUGCACUGGCCAGUGAACCGUCAGGCAUGUACAACGGCCGCUACUAGCGACCUGCGUCACUGCGCCGGCCCUUCAGAUGUUUCUCAUGUGUGCAAUUAAGGGUUUUGAAUUUAAACUGUCUGAAUUGAUUUUUCUACUUUUCCAUAAAUUAAACUGUAACGAAUGUUGAUUUGUCAUUUGAAGUGGCGAACUCGAAGAUUUUAAUUUUCAAUGAACAUGUGCAGUGCUCGCCAUCAAAGGUAAAAGUCCAUUGAUGGAGUGGUGGGAACAGAACUCAGAAGCAAAGGCGGAUGUCAGAGACAGUGGGGGGUUAUCUGAAAACUGUAAUCUGAACCGGUGACAUCAUUCUGAGGCAAUGGAGGAAUGUGAUAUCAUCUGUGUGGUUACUGUUUGCCUGGCAACAAGUCCAAAGUGGACUGGAAAAAAUGCUCGUGGAGACAAAUGAAGAACAGAGGUUUGGAGUUGUCUUUUCAGGAAACUGGACAAUGCAAGGGAGAAUUUAGCCCAUGAUGAGCCUGCUGAUUAAAACAAUGCAACAUUAGUAUAUUUGCAGGAUUAAAAACAUUGUUUUUG